GGAAGCCGGAAACAACAACAUCAACAAUGCAUAAUUUAAAAGCAUAACAAUAAGAUUGAUAAUUUAACAAAAAUAAGAUUCACUAAGGCCAUAAAUCAUGGGAAAACCAGACGAAUUCAAAAUAAUAUUUACGAACAAUAAACGUGUGUACUACGCUGGUGAUAUGGUAACUGGAAACGUUGUUACGAAGUCGAGAAAAAAAUUAAAAUUUCGUUCAAUUCGUAUGGAAUUCUUAGGAGAAGCUAGGGUGGCGAAGCCUAAUAGCAAAGAUUGGGUUGCUGUUAAAAAUUAUUUCGACGAAAAGGUUGAAAUUUUUGGCAAGGAUGGAAGUCAUGACAGCUCAUACCCAGUAAUUAGUGCAGGAGAUCAUGCUUUCCCAUUUCAUUUUGAGAUUCCCAUGAGUCACUUACCUUCGUCAUUUGAGGGAAAAUUAGGAUGCAUUAGAUACACACUGAAAGCAAUAAUGGACCGUCCAUGGAAAUCGAACUACAGCUCAAAAAGUGCAAUAACAAUAUUGGAAAUGGUUGACAUUAAUGAACCAUGGGCAUUGGAACCCAUUAUAAUGGAGCGUGAAAUGCAAGAACAAUUCAUGUGCUUUAAUCGAGGGUCAGUUAUAGCUCAGCUAAGAACUGAUCGCCGUGGUUAUUGUCCAGGUGAAGCUAUUGCCCUCACAGGAGGCUUGUGCAAUAACAUGUCCAAAAGGACAAAACCUGUUAAGGUCAUUCUGUAUCAGAAGACAAAAUAUACACAAGGCAAAAAAAUAACUACUGUCAACAAGUGUGUGAAAGUGAGCAAGGACAAAAGACUUCCACCUCACACUCCUGUACAAUGGGAAAACCAAAUGUUUAGUAUACCACCCAUACCACCCACAAUAAAUAACUGCAAAUUCAUUAAAGUUUCCUAUGAACUGGAGGUAUGCAUUCAAACAAGACGGAAUCAACUAGUUCUUUCAUUACCCAUAACCAUUGGAACAGUACCCUACAGACCACCAUUACUAGCAACUGCUCCACCAACUACAUUACCUCGUGAACCUUCAGCACCUGCAUCUGAUGAAGUCAUGCCUUUUCAAGUCAACCUUCCUACUUACAAUGAGUCAAUGACAACAGCACAGUUGGGACCUCCUCCUUCCUAUGCUGAUUGCAUUCUUGGUGCAGCACAUAUUUGGGAUGAAAAUGAUGCAAAUUCUGGAGACAUCAUGGGGGAUACUUCAUUCACACCAAUGUAUGCAUUUGUAUCCAACUAUCAGUUCCACCCAGGUACAGUUGGUACCUUUGCUGAAGAAGAGACUAUUGCUCCGGACAGAGAACCAAGAUUAGAUGCAGUUGAUGAUGGAUUGUCAGAUAGUAUGGAUGAACAAAGUAAUUAAUAGGCAACUCUCCUUCGCAUAAGGUCAUUGAUUUAAUGGUGGGAAAAGAUUGAACCAUUGUCAUGUCAGUUAUGUGUAUACAAAUGACCAAAUUAAAUGUGAAUUACUAUUUAAAUAGUUCAGAACCUCAUCAAUCUAAGUAUUACUUGUAAAUUACCAGACAGUAAUGGCAGUUUUCAUAGCCACGUACAGAAAUUUUGAACUAUUGGAUACAAAAACAUGUAAGAUUUAGCUUAUGAUAUUGAUAUUAAUUAAUAUAAACUCAAUAGUGGGCAUACAUAUGAAUUGCAUAUAAAUAUAUUCUUAGCAAAGAGGAA